AUGCUCUCGAGCUUGGUAGUUUUGCUGCUGAUCGUCGGGGCUACGGCGAGCUACUUGCCUGUGCCGUUGAAUACCUUCUCCGGCGCCGAGAAGUACUGUCAAUCUUUUGGAGGGCACUUGGCUUCAAUUCACAGUGCAUUCGACAAUCAAGCCGUUACUUCUUUCGUGAAACAACAGGGAUAUCCGGCUGCUUUUAUUGGGUUGCAACUGCAGCCAAAUGGACAGUGGACAUACACUGACGGAACUACCAAAAAUUAUGUUAAUUGGGCACUGAACAACCCUACGUCCGACAACUGUACGACGGUCGGCCCCGACGGCUACUGGUAUUCUGUCAGAUGUGAUGAUAUCGACACGGCUGUUUGCUAUAUUGUGGAUAUUCCUACCGUACCUACCGUUCCUCCGGUUGCGACAUCCAGAGGUCCAAUCACCUAUCAAUGCCCGCCCGGCUGGAGCUACUAUGCCACGACUGGCGCGUGCUAUUGGAUCGGCUACAACGCUACAGUAAUCGCCGCCCGAAGCACCUGCCAGCAGAUGGGCUCUGACCUGGCGUCGAUCCACAGCGCCGAGGAGAAUGGAUUCGUUUUGGGUCUCGCUUUUCACUACACGACCGCCUGCUGGCAGCCCCUACCCUAUUACUACUCGGUGUGGAUUGGAGGUAUUGGUGCCAACGGCUACAACUACUGGUCGGAUGGUACCCCCUUCAACUAUGCGAAUAUGUGGGGACACCAAGACGGAAACAUCGGCAACUUUUACAUAUCGACGCAAAGUGGAUGUGCUGACUUCGCGUUUUGGCGCGUGGUCAACUACCAGACGCCCACCGUGACGGGCUUCGUCUGCAAAAAGUUCCCGGCU